AUGGUCUCUCUGCGACGCUUUGUGACAUAUGUCGGACUGGCGGUUGUCGUACUUUUCUUUCUCGGCCACUUCCGCGAGGGAAUCGUCUCAACGGCACGUAUAAGAUACGAUGCCAUCUUCCCAUCUGCCACCAAGCAACAUCCCGACGGCCGAUUCCACUGGAGCGAUGUGCCCGUCCACUAUCCCGUGCAGAGCCUGACAAGUCUUCCAACGGCAAAACCACAGAAGCUUCCCAAGGUACAAUUCUCUUUCCCCACAGAAACUGCGGAGCAUGCGGCGAUCCGGAAGCAGAGACAGGCAGUGGUCAAGGCGGCCUUCGAGAGAUGCUGGGUGGCCUAUAAGUACUUCGCUUGGAUGAAGGACGAAGUUACGCCUAUCAAUGGGCAAUUCCGCAAUGGAUUCGGUGGGUGGGCCGCAUCUUUGGUCGAUAGCCUUGAUACGCUAUGGAUUAUGGGCUUCAAGGAUGAGUUCGAAGAAGCUGUGACAGCGGCUAUGGAUAUAGAUCUCGGAGUCGCGACUAUGGAGACGAUCAAUGUUUUCGAGACGACCAUUCGACAUUUGGGUGGACUCUUGUCAGCUUACGAUCUGAGUGGCGAUAAGCGAUUGCUAGAGAAGGCCAAGGAGUUCGGAGAAAUGCUCCUCAAGGCCUUCGAUACUCCCAACCGGAUGCCAAUAACCAGAUGGAAACCGCAAGAAGCGCUUGCUGGUAAGCAAGAAGCCGACGAUGUCGUUUUGGUCGCCGAGAUUGGCUCUCUUACAAUGGAGUUUACGAGGCUGUCGCAGCUCACUGGUGACAUGCGAUGGUACGACGCGGUCGACAGGAUCAUGCGCAUCUUCGUGAAGCAGCAAGACGAGACCCAUCUCCCGGGAAUGUUCCCAGUUGUGGUCAAUGCAAAGGAAACCGACUUCACGCGGGACACUUUGUUCACGCUAGGCGCCAUGUCGGACAGCUUUUACGAAUACCUCCCGAAGAUGCAUGCCUUGCUUGGAGGCGCGGAGCCCAUGUACUCGAAGCUGUACACGCGAAGCAUGCAGACAGCGACUAGAUACAAUCUCUGGAAACCGAUGACACCCGACAAUGCCGAUAUCCUGCUUUCCGGGAAUGUCAAGGCUGAAAUGGGUCAGCCUCCUUCUCUCGAAGCUCAGGGGCAACACCUGGUGUGCUUCGCCGGCGGCAUGUUCGCUCUUGGCGGAAAGCUGCUUGAACAGCCAGAUCAUGUCAAGAUCGGUCAGAAGCUGACUGACGGGUGUAUCUGGACCUACCGCGCGCUGCCCAUGGGAAUGAUGCCAGAGGUGAGUGCAUGGACAAGCGUAAGCCAUUGGAUGCAGCUGCUCAUAUUUCUGUACAGGUCUUCAACAUGGUCCCUUGUCCUUCGCGCACCGGCGAAUGCAAGUGGGAUGAUGAGGAAUGGAAAGAGGCUGUAGUCAAGCAGAACGACCGAGGUGGCAUGCCCGCAGAUGUGGUCGCCAAUGAGCUCAGAAUUGCAAAGGGGUUCAGCGCGAUUGGAGACAGGAGGUACAGUGAGUGUCGCGAGAGUCAUGCUCGAAAUGAACGGGGCCCCUACUAACACGGUCGUGUCUUCAGUCCUCCGACCCGAAGCGAUCGAAAGCGUCUUCAUCCUCUACCGGACAACGGGCGAGCAGUAUCUCCCGGAGGCGGCAUGGGAGAUGUUCCAGGCCAUCGUCAACGCGACCGAGACGCACAUAGCCAACGCAGCGUUAGCGGACAUCACGUACACGAAGGAAGAGCUAGCGGCGCAGCAUGCGCAGGUGCAGAUGGACAGCAUGGAGUCGUUCUGGAUGGCGGAAACGCUGAAGUACUUCUAUCUGGUCUUCAGCGAGGCGGACGUGAUGAACUUGGAUGAGUGGGUGUUCAAUACGGAGGCUCAUCCAUUCAGAAGACCGGAGGCUUGA